AUGGCCACUGCUGAUGACAGGAAAGAAGUCAUGUGGCGCUUCCCUCGACGCUGGUGUGUGAGGUUUUUUCCCCAACGCGCUCUCAUCACGUCGGGCGCCGCCCCAACGACACCACCACCCCAGCAGCAGCAGCAGCAGCAGGAGGCGGAGAAUGCGCCGCAUCCGAUUCUCUUCAACGUGCCUGUGAUGUGCCGCACAGUGGGGCGUGACGCGGAGCUCCUGACGCUAUGGCAAAACUUGCUGUCGGGUCGCCGCUUCCAGGCCAUCACAGGACCGGACGGCAUCGGCAAGUCUACGUUAGCGGCGGAGUUCUGCGAUCGGGUGCGACGUAGCGAGCGCUUCACCUGCAUUCAUUGGCUCGAUGCGAAGGACGCGCUGCCGUCGACUCUGAUGCACUUCUUCCAAUCGAUGAAGGGCCGCAAGGAGAAGGACGUGCUAUUAGUCAUUGAUGGCGUGCAGGACCCGCAAGCGGCUCUCCGCCUCAUCCCUGAGCACGCAAAUGUGUACGCACUCCUGACCACCACGGCCGACGUCGACAACUCAGCGAAGUUGGGUGUGCUGAAGGCGUUGCCGUUGCCGCCCAGCGCCGCGUCGCAGUUCCCAAACAUUCUGGAGGCUGGAGACUUGGCGAGCGCCGCGGGCGAAGUACUGCACGCCGUAGGAUAUGUGCCGCUCCUCAUGCACAUGGCGUGCUGCCUCAUGGAGAGUGAGGCCAUUGGUCAGGAGGAACUGAAGCACCAGCUGAACGCCAAGGGCGUUCUUGGCGACGGUGUUCUGAGUAUUUCGCACGCUCUCAACGUGCUGCUGGAUAUCGUACUCGACGCGCUCGAGACCCAGAACCCGGGAAGCACGCGCCACUUAUUGGUACUCUCGUUCUUUGACUUUAGCAGCAUAUCGCACGCUAUAGUGGAUGCAGUCUUUGGUGAUGGCGAGGCGGAGGCGUUCGCAAUGCUGGCUGCCGGGCUCGGCAUAUGCGAACAGCGUUGGGACGACACGUCGCUAACGAUUCACCCGUGCGUUGCGCAGGCGCUACGCAGCAGAGCCGACGACACCUGCGUGGCGGAGAGCGCGAAGGUGCUGCAGUCGUUGUGGCCUCGUCGUUGGCGCGGUGCAGGCAGCAGCGUUGCGCAAGAGUUGGUGCGUCACACACGCGCCAUAUGUGAAGGAAGUGACGUGCGCCAAUUGCCGUUUACUGAUGAUCUGCUGCUGUGCCUUGACCGCAGCGCCACCUUUCUUGCCCUCAUUGAGGGGAAGGAUCUGCCGACUGCUGCAGAGUUAUGGCUGCGGGUGGUGGAGGCCAACCAGAAGAUAGAGCGAAGAGAUACUGAAGCUGUGCGGGUGGGGAGGGAGUGUGGCCGCCUGCUGCACUUCCUCCGCGACGAUCGUGCCGGUGCAGUGCUGCGGUAUGCGUUUGGGUUGGCGAGGGAGGUUCAUGGCAAACAAUCAGCGGAGGCCGCACUCAUUUUGGGUUGCUACGCGCCGUACCUUUCCACCUCACGCGAUGCGAUACGCACGCUGCAGGAGGGCACGGAGUCCCUAGAGAAGCGUGUGGCGUCUGUCGACGCGGUGUUGGGGAAGGAGGAGGAGCGUAUGCUGCACGAGACGAUCUUCGUCUUGCUCCUGCGCCAGGGGCAGAUGCUGCAGGAGCUGGGUGAGACGGUGCCCCCACCGCUCUGGGAUGGGCUGCAGCGGGUUGAGGAGCGCAUCAAGAGUGGUAGGCGACCAAGGCCGGCGUGA